AUGUCAAACAUCCGUUUUGAGAUAAAAGGCAAACAAUAUCAUUACCUUGCGGACAAGAAGAACCAAAUUUUUCGUAUUGAUUACCAAAAAAACACCCAAGCCGGGCAACAAAUUGUUCUCGAUAAAAUUUUAAGUCGGGAUAACGAGUUUGGACAACCUUAUUUACCAAAUGUUCAAUUAAUUGCCGAAGUAAUUAAACACGGCUUAAACAAAAAAAUAACGGUCAUGAAAUACAAGCCAAAAAAAAGAUACAAGAAAAAAAUGGGUAAUUUAGGAGUAGCCAAGGAAUAUGGGCCUUGUCCCCGCUCGCCGAAGUGUGGUUGUGAUUGCUCUUUGUCCGAAUGCAUUUGUAAUAAUUACACCAAAUAUCGAGGAGAAAUAACCGGAGGAGCAUUAAAGUUAAAGAAGAAAAAAAGGGACGGUGCAAAAUCUGCAAUUGCUGCGGCAAGUCAAGAAAAUCCUAAAAUUAUAAUACUAAUGGAUAAAGCCCUGAUUACGGAUAAGACCAACGAGAAAGAAACCAAUAAAGACAAAUUACUAGCCAAUUACCGGGCCAUUUUAAUGGUCCUAAAAAUGCAAAGCCGUAUGGGACAAUUAGCCAAAACUCACCAAAUUAAACAACUACAAAAACAAAUUGCUCGAUUUUUAGCUCGGAGGCGUAAGAGUUAUAAGGUGCUGGCUCGUCGUCGUCAAAAGGGAACGAACCUUAUGCUUGCUGUUGCUGUUCCGGCAAUAAUAUUAAUACGGGGAGUACUUUUUUGUUUAGAUGGAAUAGUUACUUCUAAGUUAAAGUUUCCCUUGGGUCAAAUAUGUUUUGUUAUUAAUAAUUGUAAAUUGUUGGUUAAAAAUGAAAAAGAAGCAAUAAUAGAAGAUAUUACCGAAGCUAACGAGCACUGUAAGGAAACUCUCAAAAAAUUCGGAGCCUUGACAGUAGGUGAUGAAGUAAGGGGUGUUUUAAAGAUAAUUCGCAAGACGGAGCAACCAGGAGGAAGCAAUUUACUAAUAGACAUUUUAUUGAAUAUAAGUUAUGGUUUUCCGUUAUAUCUUGCCUAUGGGAAAACCACCGAAAUUGAAAAAGUCUUAGCAAAAAUCACGAAGCGGUUAAAGGGUUACUUUCGCCAGGAAAGACGGAAAAAAUAUGAAGAGUUAGAAGAGCCAGAAAUUACUAGCGAAGAAAGUGAAGAAGAAGAAAAUCAAUCACGAAAAAUCAAAAUUAAACCAAAAAGAAAAGGCAAAAAAGAAGAAAAAGAAAUCAUUUCCCGAUUUACUGAAAAUCUUAACCAGAAGGAGAGAAUUGCUGAAUUAACCAUCAUUGGUCGAGAAGAAGAAAUUAAACAAAUGACUUAUGUUUUGUCCCGCAUGAUUAAAAAUAACCCUUUGUUAAUCGGUCCUCCGGGUGUGGGAAAAACGGCUAUCGUGGAGGGAUUGGUCCAAAGAAUUAAACGCGGUCAAGUGCCCGAUUAUUUAAAAAACAAGAUUAUUUAUCAAUUAAAUAUGAUGGCUUUAAUGGCCGGCACCAAAUUCCAAGGAGACUUAGAAGAAAGACUAAAAGCCAUUUUCCGUUUCAUGGGUCAACCGGAAAAUAAGGCAAUUUUAUUUAUCGACGAAAUUCACUUGAUAGUGGGAGCCGGCCGCAGCCAAGGAGCCCUGGAUAUUUCUAACCUCCUUAAGCCUCUGCUUUCAAGAGGAGAAAUCCAGUGCCUUGGAGCCACAACCCAGGAAGAAUACCGGAAAUAUAUCGAAAAAGACGGAGCCCUAACCCGCCGUUUUAGUAAUAUUUACGUGCGUGAGCCCAGCGAGGAAGAAAGUAUUGCAAUUUUGCGAGGCAACAAAAAUAACCUAGAAAUCUACUACGAAUUGAAAAUUCAGGACGAGGCUCUGGUUGCCGCCGUAAAAAUGUCUCAACGUUAUUUAACCUCUGCUUGUCUGCCCGACAAAGCCGUUGAUUUAAUUGACGAAACUUGCGGUCGUAUCCACAACCACUUAGAAUCAACCGAUUUACAACAAAAAAUCGAACAACAAAAGCAAAAACUAACCGAAUUAACCCAACAAGACCACCAAGAAAGCACCCGCAUCCAGCAAUUAAACCAAGCCAAAAAAAACUUGGCUCAAGCCCAAAAAGACCUAGAAAAUUACCAACUAACAACCAUCGACUACAACAAAGCUGGGGAAAUCAAAUACCAACUUUUCCCCCAAUUACAAGAAAAAAUCAGUCAUUUGGAACAACAGGCCAGCCAAAAUACUUUGCGAAAAUACGCCAUUAGUCCAGAGGACAUUGCGGUAACUAUUGCCAAAAAGUAUGAUUUACCCCUUGGUAAAAUAUUACAAGAAGAACAACAAAAACUCCUUUUUCUCCCCGGCCUUCUCGCCCAACGAAUUAAAGGCCAAGACCACGCUUUACGAGUGGUCAGUGAGGCUAUUUUUCGGGCUCGGGCUGGUAUCCAAGACCCUAAUCGCCCCUUAGCAGCUUUUCUUUUUGUGGGACCAACCGGAGUAGGCAAGACCGAAGUGGCUUUGACGAUUGCCGAACAGCUUUUCGACCAAAAAAAAAAUCUUAUUCACUUGGAUAUGACCGAUUUUUCCGAACCGCAUUCAAUUAGUAAAUUAAUUGGCCCUCCUCCGGGUUAUAUCGGCUUCGAGGAACCGCCUCGUUUAGAAAUUGUGCGGGAAAAAAUGCAUAGCGUCAUACUUUUUGAUGAAGUUGAAAAAUGUCAUCCUGCAGUAAUUAAUUUGUUGUUGCAAAUUCUCGAUAACGGCUUCUUGACUCUGGCUGACGGACGCGAAGUUAAUUUUCGUAAUACUAUCCUCAUUCUGACUUCUAACCUCGGCUCGGAAUUAUAUUUUACCACGGGAGAAACCGAUGAACUAGAAGGAAAAUUACACCACAUAUUAAAAGGUUAUUUCCGACCCGAAUUUCUUAAUCGUCUCAACGAAAUAGUUUUCUUUAACUCUUUAACUCCCGAAGUAGUGCGGGAGAUUAUUAGCAAGGAAUUAGAAUUAUUUAUUCGACGAGUAGACCAAGAAAAAAAUAUUAAAUUACGCUACGACCAACAGGUAAUUGAGAAAAUAUUUCGGGAAGCCUACUCACCCGAAUACGGGGCUCGUCCAGUGAAAAAAUACCUUGAAAAACAAAUUGGCAGCCUAAUUGCCCGGGGCAUUAUCGCCCAAUUUUUAAAAAGUGGUGGUAAUUAUUUGUUAGAACUAGAAGCCGAGACCCAAGACAUUAAAAUUACUACUUUUUCUUCUUUUAUUCUUCAUUCUGGUCCUCCUUAUGCUAACGGUAAAAUUCAUUUGGGUCAUGUUUUAAAUUUCCUGAUUAAGGAUAUUAUUGUCCGUUGGCAGGCUUCAGCGGGUCAUUAUACUCCCUUUCUACUUGGUUGGGACACUCAUGGUUUGCCUAUCGAACACAAAAUGCUGCAAGUUUAUCCGGAAAAAAAAAAUGAUUUGCGACCACUUUGCUAUCAAUUUGCCUUAGAACAAGCCCAAAUCCAGCGUGAACAACUAGAAAAAUUAGGUCUUUUUACUGAUUACAAUCAAUACUAUAUUACUCUUGACCGCCGCUACGAAGCCGAACAACUACGAAUUUUCGGCGAAAUAGUAAAAAAAGGACUAGUUUAUCAAGAAAAAUGGUGCGGGGAAAAAUUAAAAGUAAAGGAGAUAUUUUUAGGCGAAAAAUUGCUAGGAUUAACUUAUUUUCAUCCUUAUCGGAAAGACACCCGAGGGUAUAUUGUUGAUGGCAGUGAUUUUAUUAAAGAGGGAGAGGGAACCGGUCUCGUUCAUUUAGCACCUGCUUUUGGGGCCGAAGACUUUGCCGCAGCCCAAAAAGAAAAUUUACUAGUAGAUUGUCCGUUAGAACCUAAUGGUCUAUUUAACCAAAAAAUUAUGGUUUCCGAAUUAAUUGGGAGGCAUUACACCGAAGUUAACCAAUAUGUUAUUACUGAUUUGGAAAAACGAAAUUUAAUACUGAAAAAGGCAGAAAUUACCCAUAUGGAAGUGCUAAAAAAAGAGUUGUUGGAGAACGUUGCCAAAGUUAAGUGGUAUCCAGGUGUGCCUAUUCCCGUUUUAUACAAUAAUAGUGAACCAAUGCUUAAUUAUAAAAUUAUUGACUAUAUUGCGAAUAUUGUCGAAAAAAAUGUUUUAGGACGGGAUAUUAUGGAUGUAUGGUUAGAUAGUGGAGUUUCUCAUUGCCCUCAAAUUGGCAUCCGGAUAAAUCCUAACAAUAAGGAAGAAACAGAAGCAAAAUUUAAAAAGAUUGUUGAGGCUUACGCUAAAAUUUUACUUCUUACUACGAUUUUGAUAAAUUGUCAAGUCUUGUUUGAGGAAGAGUUGGCGAAAGUAAGAGAUGAUGGAGAACGAAAUAUGCGAGAGUUGGAAAAAAUUGAAGAGAUGAUAAGGAACAUCAGAGAAGGAGAGAGAAAAUUAGCAGAGAUGGAAAGAUUAAGCGCGGAAAAAAUAGAGAAGGAGCAAUUUGUGGAGGAGAGGAUUGCAGAGAUAUACAAAGAAAGCAGAGAAAGUUCUCAAAAAAAUGAGGAAACUUUUCAAGGAGAGGAGUCUGAAGUUGCACGAGGAAGAAAAGAAAAUUUGUUGUUUCAUGGUGGUGAAUUUCAACACGAAUAUGAUGAUGACGGAAAUUUAGUCGAUUACGGUAAAUUUCAUUUUCAAAGUGGUUUUACUAGGGAACGGCUGGAAUAUGUAUUUCCAG